GCGGCCAUGUUGGAUCAACGAAGGCGGCGCAGAGGCGCGUCCUGGGUCCCCGCGGCGUCGCCGGUGCCAGGUGCUGAUUUGUGGAUCCCCAGGCAGACCUGCAGUGCCUAAUGCCAUGAGCGUGGUGGUGCAGCAUGUGGAGGAGAAAGCUGUGCACUCCUGGUCACGGAUCUCCACGGCGGGGAAGAAGGCCCUGGAGGAAGCGCUGCUUGUCUUCAACCCCAUGAGCCAGGAUCUCAGUGCCACUGAGGCCCAGCUUGUGGCCUUCCUGCAGGGCCUGCGGGAUGAUGGCUUCCAGCCUACCAUCCUGCGCAGCGGUGAUGUCUAUGGCUAUAGUUCGUGCACAGCCAACCCCCCAAGCCAGACAAAACUUCAGGCUCGUGCUCCUACCCCAGCUGCCACAUCACCUCCAGCCAGUGCUCCCCAAACUGCCAUGCGGCUGCCUGCGGGCCGGGCCACGCUGCUCCCCAUGCCACUGUCUGGCAGGCUGGCCAAAGCGUCCACCACCCCAGGCCUCGCCAAGCAUGCUACCACCAACCUGCUGCUGAGCUCCCUGAAGCAAUCAAGUGCCGGCCGUGCCCAGGGUGCGGCGGUGGGCUUUCCCACCCACCUCUACCCAGGUGUUUACCCUGCCAUGCGACUCUCCGUUGUCCUUGAGGCCCUAGUUCCCCUCAAAACUCCUGUGGCCUGCUUGGGCGCCAAACCCAAGGCGCAGUCACUGCAGCUGUCUCUUGCAGACUCCCCCCUAAAGGUGCGGAAAGGUCCAGGGAAGAGGCUGGGGAAUGCCCAGCUCAAAGCUCCCAGAAAAGCCACAAGCAAGGGCCCUAAGUGUCUGGCUCGAAGAGGCCCCAGGUCUGGACCCCGACAAGGCUCUGGGCACCAGGGCAAGACCUGCAAAAUCACUGGGUCUCUUGGUGGCCCACGAAUGAAAGAUGGUGGUGCUCUGGGCACCAAAGCAGCUCAGGCCAAAGCUGCCCGUGCCCAGGCCCAGGUGGCUCAAACACAGGCCACAGCCACCCAGGCCCGGGCCAAAGCCAAGGCUGUGCAGGCCAGGGCCAAGGCUAAGGCAGCUCGGAUCAAGGCCAGAGCAGCGCGGGCCAGGGCCAAGGCCAAAGCAGUGCAGACCAGGGCCAAGGCCAAGGCCGUGCGGGCCAAGGCCAUCCGAGCCAAGGCAAAGGUGGCUCGGACCCAGCCCAGGGGCAGGGGCAGGCCUAAAGGGUCUGCUCAGGGCAGGACUGCAAGGAGGAGCCGGAAAAGCUGCCCUGAGACUGUGGGGCAGAAGAGGAAAAGGGCCGAGGAAGCAAAGGACCUUCCUCCCCGGAAGAGAACACGGCUUGGGCCCCGACCCCCUAAGGUGCAGCUCGGACCUGGAACGGCAAGGCUGCUGAAGUUCAGGGCCAUCAAGGUGGACAGACUGGCUUCAGACGACGAGGUGCGGCAGCAGGCUCAGCGGGUCCUCCGCGUGAACCUUUCCCCCGUAAUACGACUGCAGCCGUUGCCACCACACUCAGCACCCUGACUCCUUGACACAGUGACUUUUAGGGAAACCAAGCCCUGUUGUGUGUGUGGCCAGCGACACUGUGCAAUGCACAUGGAUUCCACAAGCCCGAGGACUCCGGGUGCCUCUCCAGGACCCUAAGGGCCACUGACCUCCUUGCAGAGACUGGAGGAGGUGGGGCGGACGGGCGGACGGGAGGGGUGGUCUCAUGGCGCAGCGCACUGUGACUUUUUCUUCAAGUUGUAUGUCUACUGUCCACCUAUCACGUUUUAU